AUGGCUUAUGAGCCUCGUGGUGAGCAUGGCGAUCGAGGAGGUGGUGGCCAGGGCCAAGAUGGCUCCUAUAUGAAGGUCCGCGGUCGAAGACCUGUAACGGACUACAGCGCCAGUGUCCUCCACUGGAUGCGAGACCGCGCUCCCAACUAUCGAGGUGGCUACACCGGCGAGAGGGAACGCCCAAGCGCGAGCUACAUCGUCGAUAUGAUUCCACCGGCAGGGCGACCAGUAUUUCCCGCUGAUUCCAUCCCGGCCAAGCACCUGCACUCAUCACUGAACAAAAUCAAGCACCCUAUCAAUGUGGUUCGUUGGACUCCAGAAGGGCGCAGGUUACUUACAGCGUCAACAAGCGGUGAAUUUACCCUUUGGAAUGGCACCGGCUUCAACUUCGAGACGAUUAUGCAGGCUCAUGACUCCGCCAUUCGUGCCUUGGAGUACUCGCACAGCGAUGACUGGCUGAUUUCAGGCGACCACGACGGAGUGAUCAAGUACUGGCAGCCAAAUUUCAAUAACGUUAAAAGCAUCAAUGCUCAUACGGAUCCCAUCCGAGACCUUGCGUUUAGUCCCAAUGACUCCAAAUUCGUCACUGCCUCGGACGACUCUACCCUCAAAAUCUUCGACUUUGCUCUUGGUCAGGAGGAGCUGAAGCUUGAAGGCCACGGCUGGGAUGCCAAGUCCGUCGACUGGCACCCAACCAAAGGCCUCAUCAUUUCCGGUUCCAAGGACCACUUGGUCAAGCUUUGGGACCCUCGGACAGCGCGAAGCCUCACCACGCUUCAUGGCCACAAGAGCACCAUCACCAAGGUUCUAUUUGAGAAGAAGCUCGGCCGGUGCUUUGCCACGUCGGCUCGAGACCAAACGGCCCGCGUCUUUGAUCUGCGCAUGAUGAGAGAUAUUGUUCUCUUAAAAGGCCACGAAAAAGACAUUUCAACUUUGACCUUCCACCCAAUUCAUGCCAACCUCCUUUCCACUGGUGGCAUGGACGGAUCACUCCACCACUAUAUGCUCGACACCCCGAACCCCCCAGCUGGCCAGCCUCUUACCGUCGCCCCUUAUGACAGCCUCGACCCAGAAUCAACUCCCGCCCAAUCAGUUUGGCCCACGCACAAGGUUCCAUUUGCACACGACUACGCCAUCUGGUCUCUGGAUUGGCACCCCCAGGGUCACAUCCUGGCAUCUGGCUCCAAUGACCGCAUCACCCGAUUCUGGGGCCGUGCCCGACCUGGCGAGACUGAAAUCUUCCAGGACCGGUACCAUAUUGGUGAGGCAGCUGCCGAAGCACAAGGCACAUGGGAUCGGCGUGGCAAUCGCCGCCAGCGCCAAGAGGAAGAGCAGCGCGAGCUGGAAGACGAGAUGGACGCUCUUGUCGACCAGGAUGCCCCCAAACCUACCGGCGUCCCCGGCUUGACUGGCGGCAUCCCUGGUCUGCCUUUGGGUGGAGGCGCCGUUCCUGGCCUCGGCUCGAACAUACCACCGCCACCGAUUGCUCCUGGAGUCGGCGUCGGCGCAGUAGCUCCUCCUCCACCUCCUCCGCCUUUUGGCAUCCCCGGCUUUAACGGGGCACCGCCGCCUCCGCUGCCCGGCCUGGAUCUCCACAACCCUCCAGACCCGGCAAAGCUUCUCGAGCUGAUGCAGCAAGCCGGCGUCCCCAUACCACCUCCAGGAUCCCUCCCUCCAGGUCUGAUCCCGCCACCGGGAGGGAUUCCUCCUCCGCCGGGUAACUUCCAGCUACCCAUCCCUCCUCCACCUAUGAACCCUGCCGACAUGGAUCCAAACCGUCGACGUGCACCUCUUCCCAGUCAAGAAGAGAGUCUUCGCCAGGAGCAGCGUCACGGAAAAUACACUCGCGCCCGGUAG